AUGUAUCCAUCGCUUAAUCCAGUCCGGAAUGGAUCUCGUUGGUAUGCAAAAAAGCAGACUCAACAAGAGAAAAUAGAUGAAAUAUCUUUCUAUGAAGAGAGAUUGGCAGAAAAAAGAUCGGAAGAAAUCCAAGUUACAAUACCCAUUUGGGUAAAUGGUGAAUAUAUUAUACCAACCAAGAUAAUGGAUAAGAAUGAAAUAGAAGAAGAAGAGGAAGAUAAUUUAGACGAGUUUUUCACUCGUGAUGAAGAGCAUUACGCUUCAAAUGAGUCCUUAGAAGAGGAUGAAUAUAAUAACAACUUUAAUAAUAACUCAUCACCUUCUAAUCAGUUUGCAAACGAAUUAUACCAUGACAUGUAUAGUCCUUAUGCGGAUGUACCUGAUCAAUAUGAGACUCCAGAUUCACCCGAAGAAUAUGAAGCUCAUCAUAGUACCGAAUACCCCUUUUAA